AGUUCCGUCCGAUUUUUUGACCUAUUUUUUGACCGCCCUGAAAAGAUCGUUAUUGCACACGAAAUUCGGUGCCACGCCCUGAAUGGUAUUUAUCUCCUUGUCCAACGAGGAUACGAAUUUCUACGUCAAAGUUGAAGGCUUGAGUCUUUCAUGGACUUUAGUUUGGCAUCGUACUUCCAUACACGUGAACUAAUUCCAGAACACGGAUUUACGUGCGAAAAUUGUUUUACUACAAUCGAAAUGGAUUCAAACCCAGAAAAGAAGUGGAAAUGCCUUCAUUGCUCAUUGGCGUUUAAACGGGAACGGGACUUUAACCGUCAUCUCGUGACCCACGACCCUAACGCAAAAGUGAAAUGCAAGGAUUGUGGGCAGAUUUUGAAGAAUCCUGUCACCUUGUAUCGCCACGUGUCACAUAUGCACACCAACCGGGUCCGACCCGCUUGUAAUAUUUGUAACGAUACGUUUUUCAACCAUUUCCAUUUACGGAAACAUAUUGACAACGUGCACAUCAAGAAGGAACGACCUCGUUUCCCGUGUAGAUUUCCUGGUUGUGAAAAAACCUACCUGAACAAGAGGUCUCUUUCGGCACAUACGAAAACUGACCAUGUCGAGAAUGCUGUCCGAUUCCCGUGCACGCUUUGUGUUAGAGGUAUGUAUUUACGGAUCGUUGUAAGGAAAGACAGAGUGACGACGACUUUUGUGCAAAGUAAAAAUAAGAGUGUCAAUUUAUUACGCAGAGGUUUUUGCUUUUAUACAUGAAUGUACUUAAUGCUAAAGGUUUCUACCUGAAAACUAAUGUCUGGACAAUCUACCUGGAAAAAGGCAUGAGCAGGAAAUGGCCUCAAUUUAAGUAAUAAAAUCUUGUCCAGUCAAAAUUCAAAACAUCAAAUUCAAAGAAAAGUUAUUGCUGGAAAAUCAUAAAGACAUAACAAAUUUCCAUGAC